CCUCAGUGAUGGCGGUUCGUGUCCGGGUUCCCCCCGGGGCCGCCCCGGAGCCGCUGCACGCUCAGCUCCUGCCCUGCCGCGUUCAGCACGACGGGCCCGCGCCCGUGGCCGCCUUCCUGCGGGCCCGGCCCGGCCCCGGAGGCGAGCUCUGGGCCUCGUUCCGGGGGCGCCGUUUGGGGGGCCGGGAGCUGCCGCUGCCCUCCGGCUACCGGGGGCUCCUGCUGAAGGGGGCAGAGCCGGGAGACACCCCCGAGGCCGGCUGGGUGACCCUGACAGGGGCGUUCGGGGCCAUCACAGACUGGGGGGCUGACACUGCCCCCCCCCCCGGGCGGGGCCUGGCCCGGGCCCUGCAGUGGGGACCACUCGCCCAGGCCCUCCACGCUCCGGUGUCAGAGGUCAGCGAUGAGGAGGCGGAGCCCUAACAGGCCACACCCAGAUGGGUGGGGCAUGUUCAAACCAUGCCCAUUCCUGUGUCAUCAAUGGACCAAGCAUGGCUGAGGCCACUCCCACAAC